ACUGAUGGUGGUUUCUUGAAAAGCUAGGGUUAUUUUCGUAAAAGCACGCAGUACCCCUUCAAGAUCCGCGUCCGGAAAAGGAAAACAACACGAGUUUAAAAUCAAAACCCUCUCUCUCGGAAGCCUGCAAUUCGCCCGUUCUCACUGAGUCACUCACGCACCUUUGUUAAUCUGAAGAAACAAUGUUUGAGGCACAGAGGUUUGUGGAUUUGCAAGAAAAUCCAAAUUUCGGGGACCCUAAAUCGUGGCUUUCUGGGGAGGACAACGACUCGUCCCCGAGUCGCCGGCAAAUUCAGUCCUCACUCGCUAACUCUACCGCCACCUCAACGGGUCCGAGCGGCAACUUGGAUCGGGUCCUCUUUAAUGACCUCGUCGAGAUUGUCCCUCUCGUGCAGUCUCUCAUCGAUCGGAAAGCAAACAGUUCGUUUACGCGGCGGGGUUCAAUGAUCUACACAAAGACGCCCUCAAGAGAAUCCUUCGCUAGAAAAGUAAUUGAAUCAAAAGGGCGGAAUGCAGCUCAAUCCAUACCCGCCAAAAAGAGAAAGGACCCUGGAGACAAGGACCAGGGUAUUAAUGGUAGCAAUAACCCAGAUGCUGAUAGCUUUUCAAUUUUUUCGUCAAGGGCUUUGGCUGCAGAAAAGGAUAGAGAAGAGUUGGCCAUUUUAAAGGAGCAAGUGGAGGAUCUGAAAAUGAGAUUGUCAGAGAAAGAUGAACUUUUGAAAUCUGCAGAGAUCUCAAAGAAUCAGUUGAAUGCUGUCCAUGCAAAACUCGAUGAACUGAAACACCAGGCUGCAGAGAAAGACUCUUUAAUAAAGUCUACUCAGCUACAACUUUCUGAUGCAAAGAUUAAGCUUGCAGACAAGCAAGCUAUGCUCGAAAAGAUACAGUGGGAAGCAAUGACAUCCAACAGGAAAGUGGAGAAGCUCCAGCAGGAGCUGGACUCUAUGCAAGGAGGAAUUUCAUCUUUUAUGCUUUUGUUUGAAGGCUUGACAAAGAAUGAUUCUGCUACCUAUGCUGAUGAUUAUGACAUAACAUCGAAUUACUUGGAUCAUCUCCCUCAAAUUGAUUGGGGGAGGGGUGUCUUUCCCAUUGUUGUCUUCUUUUCUUUUUCGGUUUCUUGCUACUUCAUCUUCUUUGGAGCCCAUAACAACUGUGCCCAUCUUUUUCACAUCACCGUUCACACAGAUAAGAACAACCUUAGUUUCUUCUCUGUUUUUUCCCUUCCUUUUGCACUUCAAAUCAUAUCCUCUCUGUGACUACUUUUGAAAUCCUUAUUCCUUAGAUUUCACCAAAACCUUAAUUUAAGGCUGGUAUAAGCUGUAUACUGAAAAUCUCUUACAGGAAUGUGCAUAGUUCUCGCAAUGAUGAUUCACAAAUUGAAACAAUAAAGAAAAUGAAAAAAAGGAAUUGUCACUUUAUAUUACUGAGACUCCUUACAGCAUCUUUACAGCUGCAUUUUUAUUUUAUUUUAUUUUUGGCUGCCCUUGGAAAGUACAUAGUUCUCUAAAUGAUGAUUCACAAAUUGAAACAACGAAGAAAAUGAAGAACAAUGAACUGUGAGGUCAUGUGAGAGAUCUAGUUUUAGGUGGAAUUUGAGACGAUAAACAUUACAAACAUUUAACCAAUAUGUUGUUUAAGAGGGACUGGGUUGAGUCUGCAGAUACAUAUAACUUUUACUCUCCGGCUGUUAUAUAUUUUGCAAAUGAGACAUUUAUGC